UGCACACCGUCGCCCACCGUCGCCGGGCAACGGAAAAGUUGAUUUCUGUUAACUGGGCAACUGUUUUCACACGCUAGUAUAAUAUUGCUAGUAUAUUCGCGAAAUCACCUGAAUUUGAGGGCGAAUAUUUUCAUUUAUCGAUUGAUCAAUCACGUAUUACGCGCGCAAAUGCAACAACCAUCCCAUCGCACAGCGAAGCUGCGUUUGCACGUAACGUGCGAUCGACUCGAUCAAUGAAUUUACAAAAUUCACUCUUUAGCGCUUGGAAAAUAUUAAAAGAACACAAGAACGAUUUUUUCCCGUGCGUUUUCGCACAACACAUUUUUUUUUACACGUAUUCUUUGCUAUUUAAUGAUUGAUGUUUGAUUACUUGUUUGAUCACAUAAUAUAGACGACCAAUCGCAUUAAUUGUUUGAGAUAACGACCAAUCACGUCGACACGAUCGAUCGAUUUAAGGUUAACGUUCGAUCGGAAUUCGUGAGACCGAAUUAUCUAUUUAUCGCAAUUUUAUAUCGUGCAAGUCACGCAGUGUUGAUUGUGAGACGAUGCGCAACAUUUCAACGACUAGUAUUGUCGCGAGAUGUCAAAGCACCUAGCUGGAAAACUUGCUUUAGUUACCGGUGCUGGCAGCGGUAUCGGAAAGGCGGUAUGUCAAAUUCUGGCCCGAGAAGGUGCCGAUGUUGUGGCAACGGAUCAAAAUAUCAACACCGCUCAAGAAACUGUAUUUACUUUGAAAGGUGACAGACAUAUAGCACUGAAACUACAAGUCACCAAGCGAGAUGAUAUCGAAGGAGCAUUUAGAGAAAUCACGAGACAAUUUUUGAAACCACCUUCCAUCAUUGUUAAUUCAGCGGGAAUAACGUGUGAUAAUUUUUUGGUGAAACUCAGUGAUAACGAUUUUGAUAACGUAAUCAAUGUUAAUUUGAAGGGCACUUUUAUGAUCAUGCAAACUGCCGCUAGAGCAAUGAUAGAAUCGAACGCAACCAAAGAUUCUUCUAUCAUCAAUGUAAGUUCCAUUAUCGGUGCGCGAGGAAAUAUUGGACAAAGCAAUUACAGUGCUUCAAAAGCUGGAGUGAUAGCAAUGACAAAGAGCGCUUCUAUGGAAUUUGGACAGUUUGGAAUCAGAGUAAACGCGGUACUGCCUGGUUUCAUAGAAACUCCCAUGACCGCAGUUAUACCGGAUAAUAUUAAAGAAAUGUUUACAAAAAGAAUAUCAUUGCAAAGAAUGGGAAAACCAGAGGAAGUAGCAGAGGUCGUUACAUUUCUGGCUUCUGACAAGAGUUCUUACAUAAAUGGAACAACUAUUGAAAUUACCGGAGGAAUGACUUGAGAUAAAUUUGUCUACUUUCUACACGUGUAUAUAUAUAUAAAUGUACAAUUUUCAUUACACGUAUUAAAGAAAAAUUUGUAAACGUG